AUGCUUUGCUGUUGGGUGGAGGAUCCAAAUUCAGAAGCAUAUAAGUGUCACCUUGCCAGGAUCAAAGAUUAUUUGUGGGUAGCUGAGGAUGGCAUGAAAAUGCAGGCAGCAAUCUUAUUAUCUCGAUUGCCAUCGGAUACGGUGGGAGAAGCGAUACCGGUAGAUCGGCUGCAUGAUGCUGUUAAUGCGAUUUUGUCUCUGCAGAAUAAGAAUGGAGGUUUUGCAUCGUAUGAGCUGACAAGAUCAUAUGCAUGGUUGGAGAUUCUCAAUCCUGCUGAAAUAUUUGGAGACAUCAUGAUUGAUUACCAGCUGAGGCUUGGAUCUGAAGAAGUUGUGUACACAAAUUUAGAAGGUGGUAAAUCACAUCUUGUAAACACUGGAUGGGCAAUGCUGGCUCUUAUUGAAGCUGGACAGGUGAACUACACGAUUUAA